UAAACAAAUAUAUUUUAUGUAUUAUGAGAAAGAUUGGAGAAAGAUUCGAUAAGGAACCAAAAUCAAUGGCGAGAGCCUUCAUAGGCUCCACACCCACCAACCCAUUCCCAUUUUCUCAAUCAAGCUCAACCCUUUUCCACAAAAGCUCACGUCUUUCCUCCGCCGGAGCAAUGCCGGACCACCGCGACCCGCUUCUCCCUCCUCCUCAACCCCAUCCCUCUCUGGAAAUCGUCGACGGAGCUCGUGGUUCCUUUCUCCCAGCGUUAAAGACUCUGCUACGACCUUACACCGCUUUUCCAGUCGUCGGAUGGAAUCGCCACGUGGAAACCAUCUUCGCCGCCUUCUUCCGAUCUGUUCCCGACGUUAGACUCCGUCGCGAGUGUCUCCGUACUAAGGAUGAUGGUUCUGUAGCUCUCGAUUGGGUUUCUGGUGAUGAUCGUAGCUUGUCUCCUGAUUCUCCUCUUCUUAUUCUUCUGCCUGGUUUGACUGGUGGUAGUGAUGAUUCUUAUGUGAGACAUAUGAUACUUAGAGCCAAAAGAAAGGGAUGGCGUGUGGUUGUUUUCAAUAGCAGGGGUUGUGGACAUAGCCCUGUUACCACUCCUCAGUUCUAUUCAGCUUCAUUUUUAGGAGACAUGCAUGAAGUAGUAGCACAUGUUGGUGCUCGGUAUCCGAAAGCUAAUUUAUACGCUGUUGGUUGGUCUCUUGGUGCAAACAUACUCGUUCGCUAUUUAGGCCAGGAAUCUGAUAAGUGCCCCCUUUCUGGUGCUGUGUCAUUGUGCAAUCCCUUCAAUUUGGUCAUUGCAGACGAGGAUUUUCGCAAGGGAUUCAAUAAUGUUUAUGACAAAGCUCUUUCGAGUGCUCUUUGCAAAAUUUUCAAAAAGCAUGCUCUACUUUUCGAAGACAUUGGUGGUGAUUUUAAUAUUCCAUUGGCUGCCAAUGCUAAGACUGUCAGGGAGUUUGAUGAAGGACUAACUCGUGUUUCAUUUGGCUUCAAGUCAGUAGAUGAUUACUACUUUAACUCCAGUAGUUCUGAUUCCAUUAAAGAUGUCUGCAGACCUUUGCUUUGCAUCCAGGCAGCAAAUGAUCCAAUCGCUCCAAAUAGGGGAAUUCCUCGAAAAGAUAUUAAGGAAAAUCCAAACUGUUUGUUGAUAGUGACACCACAAGGCGGUCAUCUCGGUUGGGUUGCUGGCGAUGAAGCUCCCAUUGGAGCUCCUUGGACAGAUACUGUAGUCAUUGAUUUCCUUGAGCAUUUAGAGAGAGAAGCAUCAUCAUCAUCAUCAUCAUCUAGUAACACAGGCAGCAUAGUGCACCAUAUGGAAGUGUAAGUAUCACCAAUUGCCUCAUUCUUGUAUGAAUAUUCUUUUGUUGCCAUUGCAGCAAAUUACACAUUAUAAAUUUAUGAAAAUCAAAUCAAAUCAAAUCAACCAAUCAAUUGUGAAGGUGUAACAUUUUGUGUUGAUCUUGAUUCAGAACACUGUAAAAAGAUAAAAAAUAUGAAUUAUGAAUAUGAUAUUGUGAUUCAGAGAUUC